CUUUGUUCUCCAUAACUAUACUUCAUUCAUUCAUUCAUCAAAGUCCCGAAAUAUCUGUAUAUUUCAACAUGCCUAAAACCUUCUCAAAAUUAUCUUCCUCUACUUUCUUCUUUCACUUUACCCUGCUCUUCUUCUCUGCAACCUCUAGUGGUUCCUUCUCCAACAUUUUGUCUCCCAAAAAGUUCGGUCUCAAGCGAGAGAAGCUCACCCAUCUUCACUUCUACUUCCACGACAUAGUUAGCUCACGAAACCCAACCGCUAUCCCUGUCGCCAGUGCCGCCUCGACCAACAAAUCCCAUACUGGCUUUGGCGUUGUCAUGAUGGCCGAUGACCCUUUGACGGCCGCACCCGACCCCAACUCCAAGCUCGUGGGAAAAGCGCAAGGGAUUUACGCAUCAGCAGCGCAAGACGAAGUUGGUUUAUUAAUGGUAAUGAACUUGGCUUUCACGGAAGGCAAGUAUAACGGUAGUUCCCUUAGUCUAUUGGGGCGGAACACCGUGUUCUCGAGGGUAAGGGAGAUGCCUCUCGUCGGUGGUAGUGGACUUUUCCGAUUUGCACGUGGAUAUGCUCAGGCCAAGACUCAUACAUUGGAUUUAAAAACUGGGAAUGCAGUGGUGGAGUACAAUGUCUAUGUCUUCCAUUAUUGAUAUGAUUGAAUGGCAAUUGGCAAUGCCUUGGAAUUUGUUUUGUGGACUAUUUUCAUUUCCUUUGAUUCUCUCUUUUGUAUUCUUCUGGUUAUAAUAACUUUGUAUGGACCACCUCAUGUUUACUGUUUUUCCAUUUAAAUCUCAACAUCCCGUAACAUUAUGUUAA